AAAAAUGGAGUCACCGUUGCCUUAAUUUUUGACUUCUAGUUCUCUGCAUCGGAAACUACGAAACGUACAAAACAAAGCUUAAAAUCUUAAAUAAAAUCCACCUCUUCAAAGUUGUAAUCUAACUCUCUCGCCAACAUCCAUUUCCUUUGUUCACUAAAUUGUCGAUUCUGUUUCGCGGGUUUUGAAGAAUUUGGAGGAAUUUAAGUAAUAAUAGGUCUGAAUUGUGUUUGUGAAUUUCUUUUGUAGUUAUGGAUUCUACAAUGAGAAUUGGGUCUUCUAUUGUUUUACCCAUUUCUUCUUCUUCGCUAAAACUUAAUCAACACAAGGAAAGCAAAUUUAGUUAUGGGCUUCGGUUCAGUGGAAGCUGGUCCAUUAGGAAAAUCUGUGCCAUUACUCCUAACGGCUCUGUUUCUCCAUCUGCUUCUCACGAGGAAGAAUCGAGGGCAGCGGGAGAUGCACACAGGCAAAGAAGCAGCCUUGAAUCUCUUUUUUGUUAUGACAAGCUUAUACCAGAAGAGAGAAUUGAGAAGCCAAUUGGUGUAUCUAUUGCUGAAAAAAUAAUUGGAAAUAAUCCUCGAUGCACUGAUUGUCAAGCCAAAGGUGCAGUGCUUUGCACCACUUGCUCUGGUUCAGGCUUAUAUGUUGAUUCCAUACUGGAGAGCCAGGGUAUCAUUGUCAAAGUCCGUUGCCUAGGUUGUGGAGGAACAGGUAACAUUAUGUGUUCAGAAUGUGGUGGGCGUGGUCAUCUUUGACACAAAUGAUCUGGAUUGGUUUGCUCUUCUACCUUGGAUUUCGUUGUAGAGCCUGUUUCUGUAACGUUUACAUGUUAAAUGUCACAUUUGUUAUCAUUAUGUAGUCCGGAGAUAUUGCCUGAGUUCAUCUUUGGUAAUGUCAACAAAUUCCAUGUGUUUAACUCAAUUCGUUUCUCAAUGGUAGUUAUAUCAAUAAUUCAUGAGUUUUAUUGGUUGCA